AUGAAGAUGCUCUACCAAGACGCCUUGGCGGACCCCUACAGGCUCGCGUGUGUGUCCGAGAUGUACCACCAACAAGACCCACCGCCGCCCAUGGACCCUUCCAGCACAGGCGUCCGGUACAUGAACGACAUCAUGCACGACAUCGCCAACCUCACCCAAGGACAGCCCCUUUGGCUCUCUAACCCAGCACAGAUGGCCAUCCGCCAAGUGGCAAGAUCCUUCGCUUGCUCUCACUACAAGAUCACGCCCUUCCUCGGCCAGUUCAGAACUCACCCCAGCACGGACACGGUGAUCCACCCGGAGCUCAUCCACGUCGACCCCUACAGCAACAAACAGGACACCACUGACUACCCACUGGUACAGGUCCUCGUCAUACCACUACGCACCACCAAGCCUCCACCUCACGCACACGAUGCCAACAGUCCAUCACCUCCCACGCACAAGGGCGCCUACAAGGCAUAUUGGUCACACGCUACCGAUGAAGCAGGCCUAUGGCACAUCCUGCGCGAGGGCUUCGUCAGACCCACGAAUUGGGAGCCCACCAAUUGGGAUGACGACAACCUCCCCUACAACAAAGCAUACCUACCCCACCGUGGGUUCAACGGAUUCCACCAAGACAACGCACCCGACAACCUCCAACUCGGAUUUUGCCACACCAACCUCCGCAAAGCCCUCCGCCUUCCAAAAGCCAGAGCAGGCCCUGCCGAACGAGAAAUAGCCACAGGUUUCACCAUAUUUGGACGCGUCACAUCGUCCACCUCCCAGCAUAGCCACAUGCGGCAGAAGGGAGGAGGAUGGACGACUCAGAAGGCGCUCAUCGAGGCACACUUCAACGACACCAGCCGGGCCAGUCGCAACUUCACCACCGUCUUCUCCCACACCGAGAAGAGCGUCAUUGAUGCACAGUACGCUGAGAUCACCGGGAUCACCAUCAACGACCCCAAAUACUACAAAGAUGGCAAGCCUUGCCUUGUGAGCAUCGUGGAGGAGGAUGACACCCCCAUUACCACGGACACGUCGUCGAUGCCAGCCAGACCAUGGACGACCAACUUGCACCCAUCCAAGUACAUGGAGAUGCUCAGCACCACUGACGAGGGCAUCAGCAACACCGUCAACAGAUUUCGACAGCAAACCAUGAAGGCCAAGAUACUGCACCAAUCCAGAUUGCGAGCGGUGCAGACCGACUACCCCGAGAUAAUCGGCCAAGGACGACUACAAGACAUGGAAAUCAAACCCGGUCGAGUUCUUGCCUCCGCGGAAAACCACGGUACCAUGCCCCAUACCCUUCCCCCUCCAACCUCCUCACAAGACCAUGCGAACCAAUUCCAGAGAUGGUAUCCGAAUCGACAAACACCACCCCAGGACCACGCCACCGGCAUGUCCAUGGAUUAUGCGGGCACGGACCAACCUGUCAGAGACCUACAAACCUGGCACACUGGAGCCUUCCCACACAUCCCCGUACCUCCCGACCGCACAGUACCUCCUCCCGAAGAACGGCAUCACAGAGAAGACAGAUCCAGGUCGCCACUUCGAAAUCCUGGUGUCCACACGAUGGGCAUGCACGUCAGCAGCUUGCAACAACUGCUCGACAGCCUUGAACCAGCUGUGGACGCGCAAUCCGUCACACAACAUCACGACCAAGGCCGGCUACGCCCAGUUCUACCAGUUGAUCAGAUAGAGAAAGUGCAGCCGCAGUGGUGGAGACGACCGAUUCGACCGGAACUUGUUCACAUGCUGCCUCCGGUUGAACCACACCAUUGGGAACUCCAAGAGGACGGCACACCCGUCAUUCGAUUCUUCCCCAACCGCAUGACCUUCCUCCCGAAGCAGCUGGUGCACAAGUUCCCCUCACUCCAACAAGAACUUCAAAACAGCAUCCUCAUGACCUGGGACCAGUACAAGGACGACGCAUCCACCCACGUCCAGAUGGCACGCUACGCCGACUCCGUCGACAUUCCCCAACCCAAGCCCCUACACCUACGACUACGUGCCCUCCUACACGAAAUUCUAUCAGGAACCGCUGCAGUUCACAUCAUACAGUUCACAGCCAUACAAUUUAGGAUGCUCGUACGCAAAGGCACUUGCCCAGAUUUGGCCACAAUGCCCAACAUCUAUCAGCUCUGGCACUGGGGCUACAUCAAAUUCCGAAGUGUGAACCCGGAACUCUGGAUGUUCACACACAACUUCGCAGAUCCCAGAACUAUGGGCAGACUGGAGCAGACCUGCACUCAUUUCCACAGAGUCUGGUCAGCACACGUCCUACCCAGCACGGCAGGAUUGGUACCCCUGCUUCCGCCCAUACAAGACCUCUGCGUGGUGCUCCAUAGUACUACGCCACCCUUCCACCAGCCGAUGCUUGCGAAGUACAACACCAUCUCGGGCAUCAUGACCAUGCAGGCGGUCAGCAACAUAGUCUUCCGCAAGGCUCACCAUGACCUACAGCUCCACAGAACAUGGCCCAGCAUCGAUUCCCACACAGAAUGCCUUCAGGGAAUCAACACGUUCCAGAUUCCGGACCACUGGUCAACCAACAUAUGGACCGAUACGCUUCAGAAGCUCACCCACACGACCAGAUGGACGCCACCCUCCACUCCCGACAUCCGCACCAAACUCACCAUCGACCACCUCCACAGCGACACACUGCCCACCAUGGUAUGGACACCGAGAUUCGCCUUACCCCUCACUUCACAACAGAUCCACGCAGUUCAAGUCUCCACCCAAGCAGCACAUGUACUACAUCGACUUUGGGACCCACUCAUCUUCACCUUUGCGGACCCUUGCCACACCAUCGACGGUUUCGACGCCAAGCGGACAAGCCGUCCUGAUUUGAUUGGCAAACUUCACCGACUGAGUCCAGGAGGACAAACGCCAAUGUUAGCAAUCCCGGCCAGCAGCGUGAUGGAGACACAGUUGGACUGGGCCUGGUUCCAAUCCACUACGGCAUCCAGUUCCCCGUUUAGAUGGCUGUCCCUACCCCUUGCAGUCAUCGGACACCCCAGGACGCACUCGGUCUUUUGGACCCACCCGAAGAUAUCAGGCCAAAUCCAACGUCACCAAGCUCUACAUGUACAUCAAACCACGUGGUUGGCGGUAUCGGGAACACCUACAGCCUUCCAGGAGGAUCCAGACAUCAGGCAGAAUCAAGCGCAGGCCACGCCAACCCAGGAGGAAUGGACGGACUUCAUCAACCAACACGUGAUCGCCAUGAUCAACGACAUGCUCAAUGGCAUGCAGACGCACACAGGCGAGGCAACCGUUCCAGACGUCGGCAUCACCGAGAUCCACGCGCACGUUCCACUCCAACCCACGUCCCAGCUCGGGACCGACUUUGACCCCCAGAUCCACAUUCACAACGAAGUGCUCCAGGACAUCUUCCACCAGCCCAACAAUGACCUCCCAGACCACUGGGAUUCCACCGAGCUGCUCUACGACAAAAACCAGUAUGGAGGAGUCCAGAUGCCCAGAAUCGUACCUGCCACGUCAUCGGCCAAGAAAAAUGGCACGGCAGGUAUGGAUCCGUUCGACAUAAAACUCUGGCAAGUGGCCUUCGAGGGCAAGCACAAUUAUAUGUUGCGACAGCUCGCCAACGGACGAUGGACUCAGUUCCAAGGCCACAAGUCACUACCCGAUGCCGUGUUUCACAUGAAACUCUCCACCUUCAUCCGCAACCGCAACAUUCGCAUCGAGACCAUCGCAGUCAACUAUUGGAAGUGGAAGAACGGUACUGAAAUGCUGCCCUCUGAAGCCCAACGGAAGGAAGCCAUGGAGAUGCUCGUCGCCAACAUUGGAGACCUCCUCAUGAUUGCGCGCACAGCUGGCAAGUCAGAGCCGCAAGACACCCUUCCCGCAGGGCAUCAUCCCACCUACCCAAACCCAGAUGCCCAACUUCUUCGAAACAGGCACCAGCAAGACUUCACCAUCAUCCGGUAA